GUUACGCAUUGUUAUUGUUUAGUAGUGUAAAACCUUACGGUGUAUCAUUAUUUUAUAAAUAAAUUUCUGAGAACAGUCAAGAACAUUUCCCCAUUUUCAUAUUCUGAUGACUGUAAAAACCCAUGGAGAUCAAAAGUACUAAACCCAUGGACUCAGCCACCGGCAGUGCAGUCUGAAACAUACCCGCUAGAGCACCAGAUGGCGAGUUUGUUCUUCAUCAUAAGGUACAAUCGCGGUUUGAAACUCUAACCGAUAUCUCUGAAAUAAGAAGUGUUUCGACUACUAUAAGUGUUCCAUUUUAUGUGAUUCGCAACACAAUUAACGGAACAACCAAAGGACAUUUCCAUAAUGGCGACCAAAACAGUGAAUGGUUCAGCAGAGUUGGAGGGUUUUCUUUCUCAUGAGAAACCAUCAAAAAAUGGAGCUAUUAUAAAGUACAAAUUCACCAAGGAAUUGGAACGUGGAAAUUUGGAGUUAGAUCCAUUGAAGUCCAGAAAACUGGAGCACCCUGUUUCGGACUCUGAAACCCUCACACAUUUAUUGAAGGCAUCAUUCGGAACAGGAAUAUUAUCAAUGCCAGCAGCGUUUUAUGCCGCCGGCUUGAGUUUAGGCAUUUUUUUAACCAUCCUGAUAUCUAUUAUUUGCACGCACUGCGCAUAUAUACUGGUUGUUUGUGCUCAUGAGCUUUGCAGAAAAUCUCAAAAAUCCCAAAUGAGUUUCGCAGAUGUUGCGGAAGAAGCAUGCUUGAGAGGACCAAAAUGGGGGAAAAAAAUUUCUGGCUGUGCAAGAAAAAUGGUAUUGAUCGGCACCUUCGUAACGUACUUCAUGUCAUGCAGUUGCUAUGCUGUCAUAGUAGCGAAAAAUUUCAAUCAAGUUGCGAAUCACUACCUCGGAUACGAAGUUGAGAUCAGAAUAACGAUAGCGUUGUUGAUGAUACCGCUGAUCUUGCUGGCGUGUGUACCUAACCUCAAGUAUUUAGCUCCAGUUUCAAUGGUAGCCAACGUAGCGAUGGCUUUUGGCUUGGGAAUUACAAUGUACUACCUCGUAGCUGAUAUUCCCGCCAUUUCUGAAAGGAGACAAGUCGCUGAGCUCGCUACAUUACCGAUAUUUUUGAGCAUUACUAUAUUCGCCAUUGAAGCUAUUGGAGUGGUUAUGCCGUUAGAAAAUAAUAUGGAGAAUCCUCAUCAUUUCAUUGGAUUGUGUGGUGUUUUGAAUCAAGGCAUGAGUGGAGUUACUUUAGUCUAUAUUCUUGUCGGUUUCUUCGGUUAUCUGAAAUACGGAGAUGAUAUUAAGGGCUGUAUUACUUUGAAUCUUCCAAUUGAGGAUUAUGCUGCUCAAGCUGUAAAUAUUUUCAUUGGUGGAGCAGUUUUUUGUUCGUUUGGAUUGACAUUCUACGUAUGUAUUGACAUAGUUGGAACUGCGAUCCGAAAACGAUGUGUAGAGAACAGAAUAACAUCGGAGUACAUUCGACGUAUUUUGAUGGUGAUAAUUUGUGUUUCGAUAGCGAUAGCAAUGCCUACCAUAAUUCCAUUCGUGUCUUUCAUAGGUGCUUUCUGUUUCUCCUUUCUCGGAUUACUGGUUCCUGUAGGAAUAGAAACGCUCACUUUCUGGGAUAAAGGCUUCGGAAGGUGCCAUUGGAAGAUCUUCAAAAAUAUUAUCAUAACCUUAAUGGCGAUAUUAGCUUUGAUUUUUGGAUCUAAAACAGCCGUUGAAGAAAUUAUUGUGAUGUAUACCACGAACAUGGCCGAUUUGAAUAGUAAUAGUACUGUGCCAAGUGGUACAGUAUUUAAUAGUACGAUAAUGAGUAUAUUUCAUAGCUUUUGAAAACAAAAAACAGUAUUAUCCAUUUCUGUCUGAUCGUUUAUUUUUAUUAUUUGAAAUAUUGCGUCCCUACCAGAAGGAGUAUUAUUGUUUGACAAGAUCAAUUUUUAUAAAAUUGAAAAAGUUUAUGUAAGUUUUACUGAUGACGUUGAUCUUCAACAAAGUCAAACCAUUUUCAUGUGAUAUAUUUUGAUAUGAAUUAGUGAAUAAGCUAGUUGAUUUCAAGUUUGCGAUUGUAUGUAUAGGUUGCUUUUGAAAAACCUUAUGUAAAUUUAUGAAAGUUUGUGAGAUAGCAGACUUUUUACCAACUCAUCUGGUAAAAGCUGAGAGUCUAAUGGAGCCUUAAUGUAUUCAAUAUUAGAAUUUAGAAACAACUCUGCUUAUUUGUAAGUAGUUUUAUUUCAAUUGUCUUAUAUUUUUUGUAUUAUUUUUCACAU